AGACCUCCUAGACCAAAUCUUUUGGAUGCUCUUCUCAAAAGAGAGAUCAUAUAUACACACACUCUAGUGGUGAAGAAAAGCGAAUGCACCAUCCCAUGGCAAACAACGACGAAUUUAUCACCCUAAACCGUCGUUACAUUGAUUUUCAACCUUAUUGCAAGUGGCGAAGAGACGAGAAGACCAAACAAGGGUUAGGAGACAUUCUUGAGGUCCAUCUCCAUGGAUUCGAAAAGAAACAACUGAAGGCUUCCAUUCAUGGGAAAACCUUGAAACUCACGGGAGAAACCGAAGUGGAUGAGAACACAGGGAGAAGAUUUUCUAUAGAAGUUGAUAUUUCCAAGGAUUAUCGGCCAGACAAGAUAAAGGCAAAGUUUUCUCGUGGUGUUCUUUCCUUGACAAUGCCUAAGAAAGUUCCUUUGUGGAGGCAGGCAUUGGAACAGCUUGGCCGAGAGGGUUUCCUUUGGAAUAUGAAAAUGGACAUGAAGACGUUGGCAUUAGCAGUCUUUCUUGGGAUGGUUGUUGCCUAUCUUGCAUCCAAAUUUUCUACUCUCCAACGUGUUUAAGGUUUGAUUGAUUCAGCCAUUUCAUGCUCAUUGGAUCAAUAUUUAUCAUAUUGUAUGUACAAAAUAACUCAUCUUGUCCAAUAAAUUUCAUAAAUUUGUUCCA